UAUUUUGUCCAGCGGGCUCGGCAAGCAAAAGAAAAUGGCGGACUCCUAAAUCAUGUCUGCUGAUGCUAAGCUCCCUAGUAAGCAAACAGGGUUACUACAGGGCCAUCAGGGGGCUGUGCGAGCAGUGAGGUUCAAUAGCGAUGGAAACUACUGUUUAACAUGCGGGAGUGAUAAGAUACUUGCGCUGUGGAACCCUCAUAAAGCCACCCGCUUGAAGACGUAUUCCGGCCACGGCUACGAGGUCUUGGACGCCGUAGCUGCAGGUGACAGUAGCAGGAUUGCUAGCUGUAGUGCCGAUAGGACUGUUGUUCUGUGGGAUGUGAGCACUGGCCAAGUUAUCCGACGUUAUAGAGGGCACACUAGUAGGGUUAACUGUGUAAAGUUCAAUCAACCAGACAGCACCGUCAUCAUCUCUGGAUCUUACGACUCUACCAUCAGGUGCUGGGAUUGCCGAUCACGCAGUCAGGAGCCGGUACAAGUGAUAGAUGACGCCAAGGACAGUGUUACUUCAGUGCAUGUCUCAUCUCAUGAAAUACUCUCAGGAUCUGUUGACUGCAAAGUGCGUAACUAUGAUAUCCGCAUGGGCACUAUGCAUGCAGACUGCAUAGGUGAGCCUGUCACCAGUGUAACAUUCACCCAAGAUGGUCAGUGUAUUUUAGUAUCAUCACUGGACAACACAGUACGGCUGAUGGACAAAGACACAGGGGAGCUACUAAAUGAGUUCAAGGGGCAUCAGAACAAGGAAUACAAGUUGGAUAGUUGUUUGAAUCACACGGACACCCACGUUAUUAGUGGCUCAGAGGAUGGUUCCAUCCACUUUUGGGACCUUAUUGAAGCCAAGCUUAUCUUCUCUUUAGAGAAGGCACACAAAGGAGUUGCAUACUCAUUAUCGUACCAUCCCAAGGACUCCUGUUUACUAUCUGCCUCAUCUGAUGGCGAGGUCAAAGUUUGGCAUGAGAAGGAAUGGGAGCCAUCAUAAAUAGCAUACUCACAAUAAGCUAUUAUUAUUGAUAAAGUAGCAAGUCAUUACUCGUCACGCAUGACAGUAUUGUCAUGUUCUUGCAGUGGGUGUCCCUUUGGGUUCACCAGUGCCCAGGCCCCUGCGAACCUACCUCUCCCCCCCCCACACACACAAUGGCAGAAGGUCCACUUUCUGUUCUCAAUAGACAUUUUGUAGACAAGACAAUAGAAAAGACAAAACUAGACAAAACCAAAAAUUAACUCACCUCACAAGACAAAUCUUUGGGUACAGGCCAGGUGACUUCUGCUUUGAGAUGUCCAGGAUCUGCCCCCUGCCUUGGUGAUCCAGGAUGUCGACAAUGGGGAUUGGAGAGCCACAAAUUCACUGACAGAUGGGAUGUAACCAUAGCCGUAGCAGGCCUCAAAUUAUUUGGGGGCAUGAUACAGAAACACUAAGAAAACAAUGGGGGGCACAGCCAUGCCCCUACUGGUCAUUUCCUUUUAAUUUUUGAAAAUAUUGGUGGGGGCACAUGCCCCCAGUGCCCCACCUCCUGCUACGGCCCUUGUAACACAGGAAGCUCAAUAAGGAGAUAACUUUCCCCCUUAUUUUCUUGUGCCUUAUUUACACGGUGCUCUUUUCCACAGUAUUUAUUUUGCCAAAAAAAACUUUUACAAUCAAACUCAUUGCAUUGUUCGUCUAAACGUCGUGGGGGUGAGGGGACCUGAACUUUGAAGAAACAUGCGUGCCCAUGCCAUUUACCCAUCAAAAGGUGCCGUUGCGAGUUUUUCUACCGGCCCACCAGCAUUUGUCGCACAUUUUUUUUUGAAGGUUGAAAAAGUUUGCUGCAGAAAGUAGAUGGUUCUACUUUUUGCAACAAAACUCUUAGAUGUAGCCCGUAUUACUACAACAACCCGCAACUGAGUGCAUUCCCAUUUUACACCCCCUUGUUUGCUGACAAGGAAUAGACACUUUCUUUUUUUUUGAAGGUUUCAUUUGUUGUGAUGCUAAGAAUAUAUGAAGAUUGUUUAAAAUCGGAGUGCUAUUCAGUGACGCCCUGGCAGUACUGCCUUCAUCAGAAAUAACGAUAAAUAUAUAACGGUUCCCUGAAACGUUGGUGAUUAACACUUGAGUGAUUUUACGUACUCUUAGCAUGGGAAAAUAGGGUUCAACAGGCUCGUAGCCAGGGGGGGUGGUUCGGAAGAACCCGCCCCCCCCUCCCCGCUCGACUGGAAGGUCCGCUGUAAUGAAGGAAAAUUGGGUACCACAGCGACCUAAGAGAAAAUGGUCCGCUUUAUGGUUAAACGAACCCCCCCCCCCCCCUCAAAAUCCUGGCUACGGGCCUGUUCAAGGAGAGGAAAGUUAUUCGCAAAGCCACACUUAGUCAUCUUGAACAUUCUUUACCCAUUUUUUAAUUCAAAGUUGAUAAAUGUUCUCAGUUUUAUAACAAUCUAUACACGAGUAGUUUGAAGGCUAAUGGAUUUUUAUCACCGUAUACCGAAAUUUAUCUUCAAAAAGAGUGGAAUAUCUGUACAAUAAAAUGGAUGCGCCUA